UGUCUGGCGCCCUGUGGUGCUGCCUGCCAAGGCUGGUCUCUCGCGUCCGGGGGGGAUUGUAGGGUCUCCCUACUUACGUGCCUAUUUGUUCCCCAAGGGCCUGUUUCAGGGACUAUUUUGUUCACAAGUUCCGUGCGACGCUUGGGAAGAAUCGUGCCAUUUUCCCAGGAGAGAAGGUCCUUCUUGCGUUAUCAGGUGGCCCUGCCUCCAGCUCGAUGCUUCGGCAAGUCCAAGAGGGGCUGAGGCGGGAGACAGCCAAGAAACUGCGUUUUGUACCAGGCAUCAUCUAUGUGGACGAGGGAGCCGUGUGCGGGCAGAGCCCAGCUGAGCGAGAGGAGACGCUGCUCCAGAUGGAGGCCAUCCUGCGCGCCUCGGGAUUCCCGUAUCACCUGGCCCGCCUGGAAGAGGUGUUCGACUUGCCCGGCUCCGUCCUGCAGCGUGGGCCCCACCGCCCUGCGGGCCCCGGGGCCAGCUACAAGGAGGCGGUGGAGAGCUUCAUCCACCAGCACAGGCAGGCGGAGGGCGGAGCCCCGGAGCGGCUGGCGGAGCUCAGCACGCGGGCCAUGCCCGGAGCGGAGACACCAGGCGGGCGGGGAGCCAGGCCGCUGGCUGCAGCCCGGACGGAGCAGCUGCUGCAGCUCUUUGGCUCUGUGAAGACGCUGACGGCGAAGGAGGAGCUGCUGCAGGCCCUGCGGACCUCCCUGAUCCUGCACACGGCCAGGGCCCAGGGCUACGCCAAGGUCCUGAUGGGAGACAGCUGCACCCGCCUGGCUGUCAAGCUGCUGACCAACCUCUCGCUGGGACGGGGAGCCUCCCUCGCCAUGGACACAGUAGGUGCUGGCCGUGGGGGGCAGGCGUCGGAGCUGGGUGAGAUUCGCCCCUUACCUGGACUCCGCUGUCAGCCCCUUUCCCCGGCCGGAGGCUUUGGGCCUAGCACUGCCAACCAGCUGGGCUGGGGGCAGGGGGGCUGGGGGCAGGACCCCCCCCCAGGUUCAGCCCUUGCUGGCAACGGUUCCCAUGGGCCUCUCUGCUCUGCCCGGGUCUUGGCAGCCACGAGAUGAGGCCUGUCGGGGCUGAGGGAGACGGUGGUGCUGAGCGCGCCCGCUGCGUGUGUAACCCUCACGUGGGCACCGAGCAAAGGGCUGCUCCUUCCCCGCGCUGCAGCAGCCUCCGGGCCUCUCGGGCACGUGGGCCUCAGAGCAGAGCAGCGUGGGAGCUGCCCUGCUCCUGAUCCGAUCGGUUUCCACUCCCUGCUCCCCGGGAAGGGAGUUUACCUGCCCGUGAAAUUGACAUUUCUCAGCUGCAGCGGCAGACGCUGGAGCUGGGACAGAUGCCGCUGCCCUGAGCGCUCGAGCCAGGGCUUUCAGUCGGGCAAGCGGAGCCACAGUGGCAGCAAGGGCCUGGCUGCUCCAGUCCCCGCUGCCUGCGGCUCCCACGCGCUCGGGGACUGGCUUCACACGCAGAGAAUGCUCAGGGCUGCACAGCUCUCCCCUCCUUCCCCCCGCCCCCACGGGCACCAGAAUCGCCGGCAGCGACCCAGGCCAGGCCCAAACCCCAGGAAUUCCUGGGGCCCUCUGAGCUCCGAGCACUAGGCCGAGUUAGAAACUGACAGGAAGCCAGGCCUACAAUAACACCGAACCCCUUUCCUGCAGAUCCGAAGCGGGGCGUGGAGCUAGGGAAACGCCAGCCCCCGGGAAGCCGCCUGGGAGAGCGCGGGUUUUUAGGGCCCGUUUGAAGCAGCGCAGCGGCUCUUUCGCCCUGUCCCAGGAGCAGGAGGAGAGUGGGGGUGGGAGGGGUGCCCACGCACGCGCAGUGGAAGGAUCGUGGUGAAACGUCGAGGCCGCGGCAGGGGCACCGGUAAAACCAGCCCGCCCCUCCCAGCGUAGGCAGCCGCGCCCCGCACUGGGAGGCCAGCGAGAGAGAACCGGGCCGGACGUUUUCCCCCCCACAAGGGACAGAUGAUGUUACAUCCCCUCGCGUGGCCACGGGCGGUCAAGCCAGGUGCUUUGGGGGUCUCUGCCUCCCACGAAGCCAGUGCUGGGGGCCAGCGCCUGGCCGUGACAGGCUGCCGCUCUGCUCCAGCGCGUGGUCCCUAUGCCCCUGGCUCCUGCUUGCUUGUCAAGGGGGAUCCCAGGGCCUGCUUUGCCCACUGUGCAGACAGCAGCUGAGCCCUGCUCUGGGCCUGGGCGAUGCAGGAAGCGGGGAGCCAGGGGCCGGAAAGGCUGGUGGAGAGGUGCCGCUCUGAUGCACACUGGGACCCUCAGGUGGUCUCAAAGCCGUGGGAGACCUGGAGCAGAGAUGCUGCAGCCAGGAGCAGUGUGGCCCCGUGGGGCCCAGCAGGAGGCCUCUGCCGACUCAGAUCCUCUUCCCCUGACGUGUCCCUUUGCAGGAGGCCGGGCAGGGAGCCAGACAAACCCUCACCCUGCUGGGAUCGGCCUCGGCCCUGGCCCAGGCCGCACGGCCAGCCUGAGAUCCGCCCCCGCUCCCUUGGGCAGGCAGUGUUAUUGACUGGUUAGAGCGAGAGGCUGGGAAGGGGGACUCUAGUCCCUGCUCCAGCAUGGACUCCCCGAGGUCAUGUAGGGAGACGGGGUAGC